AUGAUUCUGAUUGCAUAAUCUCGUAAGUAUCUCUCAGCUUGUUUAUUUAACCACAUCGAGAUACUGUGGUAUCAUUAAUUUCAGUUAUUGAUUUAAUUUUAAUCUCCAUCCAUCAACUUUCCGUAGUUUAAUUUGAUACCACUCCACACGUUGGUGAUGGGAUAAGUCCUACCUAAUCAUGUCCUCCCCUUCAUCUUCUCCCGUGUCAUCUCCUCUCGUCCUUACCAUAUUUUACGUGGACAUGCAAAGAAGGCAUACAUAGAAUUUAAAAAGCGUAAAUUUACUUUCCAUCGUCGUCACUGGGUUAUUCCGCUACACGGAUUUUUGUAUUUAAAUGAACACGUGAAAGACGAGGGGGAGGAGGUGACGGUGAGGUGAUGAUGGGGAAGACUUAUCCUAUCGUUCAAGCCCAAUGACAAAUGACCUGGUCAUUCACCUUCCUCUCAGCAGUUGUAAAUUACAACUUGUAAUAAUCGCUGUGUCACCAAGUCGAGCCUGACCUGUGACUGAUGAUCUCAUGUCUGGCUCGGGAGAGGAUUGUAAUCUCGCAUCUGCAGCAGCAGCAGUUUGUUAAUUGUGAGUGCAUGGUAUUAAAUAUGAGCGAGAUAGAGAUAUUUAUCUCGAUGGUCAACUGUUAUUAUUAUUAAAUGAAUCGAGGGUGAGGAUGGUGAUAUCCUUUUAAACUGGGUGUUGGUGAUUCUGAACGCUCUGUUGAGUUGAUUUACUCAUUCGCUAGUUAACUUGGUCCCUGUGCUGCGGUGUUCGUUGAAAUCGUAUUUUUCGUGUGGCUGACGACACUCCUAGAAAACAUGCGACUUUUAAUUCUCGAGGAUGACUCCCAAGUGACAGAAUGGUCCGCAAAAUAUGUCGCGAAACGAAUCCGCGAUUUCAAUCCUACCCCGGAAAAGCCAUUCGUCCUCGGACUGCCGACAGGAGGCACACCCCUUGGCAUGUACAAGAAUCUGAUCAUUUUACACAAGGCUGGAAAAGUGUCGUUCAAAAAUGUUAUAACUUUCAACAUGGAUGAGUAUGUAGGCCUGCCACGAGAGCACCAUGAAAGCUAUCACCACUACAUGUGGUCCAAUUUUUUUAAACAUGUCGACAUUCAACCACAAAAUGUCCACAUUCUGAACGGAAAUGCGGACAAUUUGGCCGAUGAGUGCGACCAGUAUGAGAAGGAGAUCACGAAAGCUGGCGGCAUAGAGCUGUUUGUGGGAGGAAUUGGGCCGGAUGGUCACGUGGCGUUCAACGAACCAGGGUCGUCCCUCGUGUCACGGACGAGAGUCAAGACGCUUGCUCAUGACACAAUCAUUGCGAAUGCGCGCUUCUUUGAUAACGACCUGACCCAGGUGCCCAAACAGGCGUUGACAGUUGGAGUGGGGACCGUCAUGGAUGCGAGAGAGGUGAUGAUUCUGAUCACCGGCGCCCACAAGGCCCCCGCUCUCUACAAGGCGAUCGAGGAAGGAGUGAACCACAUGUGGACCGUGUCUGCUUUCCAACAGCACCCCCGCACCUUGAUGAUUUGCGAUGAAGAUGCAACUUUGGAGUUGAAAGUGAAAACUGUCAAAUAUUUCAAGGAACUAUAUUUACUCCAUUCUAAACUCAUCUUGGAUGACGAAAGCGACAAAGUUUCUACCAAUAAAACCUCUGGGGCGUCCACAGCAAGCUGAUUGACGAUCCUGUCAACGUAUAAAGCCAUGAUAUGGCUCUACGGCAAUGUAGCUAAGAUCUUAUCAGAAGAAUAUAGUUUUACAAUGAAAUUAGCAAAUUAUCUUAAAGGAUCUAAAUUUCUUUAAAAAAUGUCAUAUUGUAAACCAUUCGUGCCAAUAAAUUCGUAACCUUAUUUAACAAAUUA